UGUCUGGUUUGUGGCGAUCGUGCUUCAGGUCGCCAUUACGGCGUCCUCAGUUGCGACGGCUGCAGAGGCUUCUUUAAGAGAAGUGUUCGUAGGAAGAUGAGAUACAUCUGCAAGUCUUUCAACAGCUGUGUGGUAGACGUGGCGAGGAGGAACCAGUGCCAGGCGUGUAGGUACAGCAAAUGUCUGGCGGUACAUAUG